CCAGAGACGGAGAUAACGCAGCUCCGUCCUUUAAUCUCUGAACAAAGCUUGGACCAUUUCAUUAUCUUUCUCCGCUAAUCGCCCCUUCCUUUGAAUUAGAGAGAGGAGGCCACAGAUGCUGAUCUAGCUUAUAAGUUACACUGCUAUAUAUUGUGUGUGUGUGUGCGUAUGUGUGUGUGCGUGUGUGUGUUAGAUGAGUGAGCGAAUGAGAACCCACCAUCGUUGCCCUCCCUAGCAAUCGACACUGCUGUCCUUCAACUCUGCCACUUAUUCGAUCUGUCCUCCUUCGCUGAUCAUAUUAUCGUCGAUCUCUUCGCGAGAACUUUUAAAGCUGGAAAGCUGAACAAGAAAUUCAGAAUCUGUCCAUGGCAACUGGCUAAGAUGAAAUCCUUUCAGUUAUCCAGGUGCUUAAUAUCCAGCAUGUUCUCACUCUUGUCCUUCCUAACAGGUGUUCUGAGAAAUUCUAAGAAAUAAUUGUGCGAGCCUAGUCAAUUGCAUUUUGGGCUAAAAACAGAAACAUCUUUUUCGGAGGCAAAACAAAUUCUUGGAUUUGAAUUAUUUCUUCUUAUAUUUUGGGAAGAUGUCUGUAGUUAACAUCAAGGACAGUGAUGUUGAUAUUGUAAUAGGGGCACUCAACUCAGACCUGACAUCAUUCAUGAAUGAAUGGAGACCGAUAUUCUCACGAUUCCACUUGAUAAUUGUGAAAGACCCUGACCUCAAUGAGGAACUCAAGAUACCAGAAGGAUUUAAUGUGGAUGUCUAUACCAAGUCUCAUAUGGAUCGUGCAGUGGGUUCUUCCACUUCUAUUCUCUUCUCUGGAUAUUCAUGCAGAUAUUUUGGCUUUCUCGUAUCUCGAAAAAAGUACAUUGUUUCAAUUGAUGAUGACUGCAUUCCAGCCAAGGAUGAAAGAGGUUUCUUAAUAGAUGCUGUGGACCAGCAUAUUAUGAACUUGACAACUCCAGCUACCCCUUUCUUCUUUAAUACACUCUAUGACCCUUAUCGUGAGGGAGCAGAUUUUGUUCGUGGAUACCCAUUUGGCCUUCGAAAUGGGGUUACAUGUGCUUUGUCUUGCGGACUGUGGCUUAAUUUAGCUGACUUCGAUGCGCCUACACAAGCCCUGAAGCCAGGACAGAGGAAUUCUCGAUAUGUUGAUGCGGUGAUGACUGUUCCAGCAAGGGCCAUGAUGCCCAUCAGUGGAAUCAACAUUGCUUUUGAUCGUGAAAUGGUGGGCCCUACUUUGUUACCAGCUUUGAGGUUAGCUGGGGAAGGAAAGCUGAGAUGGGAAACAAUGGAAGAUAUAUGGAGUGGAAUGUGUGUUAAGGUUGUAUGUGAUCACCUUGGGCUUGGUGUGAAAAGUGGGCUGCCUUAUGUAUGGAGAAAAGAGAGAGGUAAUGCCAUAGAGAGCUUGAAAAAAGAGUGGGAAGGGGUGAAGCUAAUGGAGGAAGUUGUCCCUUUCUUUCAGUCAGUGAGGUUGCCACGAACAGCAGCCACUGCAGAAGAUUGUGUGGUUGAGAUCGCAACGGCAUUGAAGCAACAGUUGGGAAUAUUAGAUCCUGUUUUUGCUUCUGCUGCUGAUGCCAUGUCGGACUGGGUCAAACUUUGGAAGGCCCUUGGGUCUGGUUCCUCUCCAGUGUAGGAGUUGGUUUUGGAUUUAUAACUCUUUUAAGCUUUCAAUUCAUUCCAUUAGCUUGCAUUUCGUUUAAAAGUUCUUAUUGGUUACUAACUUAUACCCUAUAAUAUACCAUGCGGUGUUGAGGCUGGAAUAAAAGAUGCUUUGGUUCAUUCACGACUGGACCAGCAUUGUAUGAUUAUUUUCA